AUGUACAGUACUUGCAGUUACAUCCACAAAUAAAUAUAACUUGCACUUUGAAUUUUCACAAGGUGCGUGCCAGACUCACCUUUGCAUGUAGAAUUUGCCACGCAAGAUAGAUAAAUUUGAGUGCCAUCUCUCUAGAUCUAGAUAUUUAAACUUGAAUUUUCAGAUAGGACAUCUCAAUCUUAUACUACUAUUUGUUAAUUUUUAACUGAAAUCUAGAAAACUAAAUAUGGUUUCAGUAAUUAUUUAGUUGCUUGUAUUUUUAACUUUUGGCACUAUUGCAGUCUCCUCCGCCAUUACUUGCUCAGAAGGUUUCUGCUAUAGCUGUAAUUCUAAAAAGAUCUGAAAACAAGCAUGGGCAAUAUAUUUUUGACAUUCCAACUGUGGCAAAUGACAUGGGGGUUACAGCAGUGGAAUUAACAAAUCAGUUAUACGACCUGAAGUUGAUGGGAGAAAUAACUUACGAAAUGAAGGACUUGGCCUACUGUUAUAGGAUCAUUGAAGUCCCAACAGACCUGUUAUCUCUAUCAGCAGAUAACACCCGAUGGUUAUCAGAAGUUGAAAAUUGUAAGGUACGAAAAAUGGAUGCAAUGUUUAAUGCUGCAUAUUUUGCAUUAAAUCUAUGUGAUAAUAUGCAAGGUUGCGGUGGUGCCAAUCAUACACCAUGCUUGCAAAGGAAAAUAUUGGAUUACUUUUCUGGAGUUGAUAAUGCUGAUUUCUGCAAGAAAAUCGGUCAAAGCAGUCCUUUCCUGCGGGCAGAUCUAAAGGUCUUCCUGCAGAGCAAUUCACAUGCUCGAUUUACACCAAGAGCCGUUGCGAGGGUAAUGCAUGGAAUUGCAAGUCCAGCUUAUCCUUCAACAGCAUGGAGUAAAACUCAUUUCUGGGGAAGGUAUACGCAUAUAGACUUUAAGGAGGUGAUGGAAGCAGCAAAGGAAGAGCUUAAGAAUUUUGUUGGAAAAGAUACACUAUAGCCGUUUAGAAUUGAGUUUACCAUCUGACAAAUUUGGAUCAGGGGUCACCCAAUCUUUAACAGAAUCCGUCCAAGACCUGCAUUGAUCCAAGGCCCAGAAAAAAAAAGCUCAAUUUUUGUGCCCUAUCAAGCGGUUGGACUCCAACUGGGUAGUUCCGUGGCAUGUUAUUAUUGCCGUAAAUGUGGCGCCAGCACAUGUCUGUCAUCACAGAUUGAGACAGAAGCGAAAGGAAAAUUGAACCUCUGCCUCAUUUGUGUCAUUGAUUUGCAUUUUCCAAUUGUCCGUCGGCAUAGCAUGCACCUUUUGGUUGGAGGAAUCAAGUAUUUACAAUCCUUUGCUGUCUGAUAUUUUGUUGUCACCUUGUCCAAAAGAGCAAUCCCUCUGGUCUUAUAUUUAGUUUUUUUCUUCUUUUCUUUUCCAAUAGCACAAUACCAACAACGGCUUAAAGUUGUUAUUAUUUGCUUACACUUAGAUAUCUACUUUACCAAAAGAUGUUGGCAUAGAGUCAUUUGAGUUCAUAAAUUAAGGUUGGUUCAAUUUUUGACUUGAACAUAGAGUCCUUAAAGAUAUUAUUUUAUUCUAGAAUGGAUCAGAUCUAGUAGAAGGAAA